UCGCGCAGCACGAUGGCCCCCAUUGGCCUCAAAGCCGUGGUCGGAGAGAAGAUCAUGCAUGAUGUGAUAAAGAAGGUAAAGAAGAAGGGGGAAUGGAAGGUGCUGGUGGUCGAUCAGCUGAGCAUGAGGAUGCUGUCUUCCUGCUGUAAGAUGACAGACAUCAUGACCGAGGGGAUAACAAUCGUGGAAGACAUCAACAAGCGCAGAGAGCCGCUCCCCAGCCUGGAGGCUGUGUAUCUCAUCACUCCGUCUGAGAAGUCUGUCCACUCUCUCAUCGGUGACUUCAAGGACCCACCAACCGCUAAAUACCGGGCUGCGCAUGUCUUCUUCACGGACUCUUGUCCAGAUGCCCUGUUUAAUGAGCUGGUGAAAUCUCGGGCAGCCAAAGUCAUCAAAACUCUGACGGAAAUCAACAUUGCAUUUCUCCCCUACGAGUCCCAGGUGUAUUCCUUGGACUCUGCAGACUCUUUCCAGAGCUUCUACAGUCCCCACAAGGCUCAGAUGAAGAAUCCUAUACUGGAGCGCCUGGCAGAGCAGAUUGCAACUCUGUGUGCCACCCUGAAGGAGUACCCAGCUGUGCGGUACCGGGGGGAAUACAAGGACAAUGCUUUGCUGGCUCAGCUAAUCCAGGACAAGCUCGAUGCCUACAAAGCCGAUGACCCAACAAUGGGCGAGGGCCCAGACAAGGCGCGCUCCCAGCUCCUGAUCCUGGACCGCGGCUUCGACCCCAGCUCCCCCGUGCUUCAUGAACUGACUUUUCAGGCUAUGAGCUAUGACCUGCUGCCCAUUGAAAAUGAUGUAUACAAGUACGAGACAAGUGGCAUUGGAGAGGCACGGGUGAAGGAGGUGCUCCUGGACGAGGAUGACGACCUCUGGAUAGCACUGCGCCACAAGCACAUCGCGGAAGUGUCCCAGGAAGUCACCCGUUCUCUGAAAGAUUUUUCUUCCAGCAAGAGAAUGAAUACUGGAGAGAAGACUACCAUGCGGGACCUGUCCCAGAUGCUGAAGAAGAUGCCCCAGUACCAGAAAGAGCUCAGCAAGUAUUCGACUCACCUGCACCUGGCCGAAGACUGCAUGAAGCAUUACCAAGGCACCGUGGAUAAACUCUGCCGAGUGGAACAGGACCUGGCCAUGGGCACGGAUGCUGAAGGGGAGAAGAUCAAGGACCCCAUGAGAGCCAUCGUCCCCAUUCUGCUGGAUGCAAAUGUCAGCACUUACGACAAAAUCCGCAUCAUCCUUCUCUACAUCUUUUUGAAGAAUGGCAUCACUGAGGAGAACCUGAAUAAACUGAUCCAGCACGCCCAGAUCCCCCCAGAGGACAGCGAGAUCAUCACCAACAUGGCGCACCUGGGGGUGCCCAUUGUCACUGAUUCCACACUGCGCCGCAGGAGCAAGCCAGAGCGGAAGGAGCGCAUCAGCGAGCAGACCUACCAGCUCUCGCGGUGGACCCCAAUCAUUAAAGACAUCAUGGAGGACACAAUUGAAGACAAACUUGAUACCAAGCACUACCCUUACAUCUCUACUCGCUCCUCUGCUUCCUUUAGUACCACCGCAGUCAGCGCCCGCUAUGGGCACUGGCAUAAGAAUAAGGCCCCAGGGGAGUACCGCAGUGGUCCCCGCCUCAUUAUUUUCAUCCUUGGGGGCGUGAGCCUGAACGAGAUGCGUUGUGCUUACGAGGUGACCCAAGCCAAUGGAAAGUGGGAAGUGCUAAUAGGAUCCACGCACAUUCUCACCCCACAGAAACUGCUGGACACGCUGAAGAAACUGAAUAAAACAGAUGAAGAAAUAAGCAGUUAAAAACAUAAGCCACCCUUCCAAAAAACGAACCCUCUUCCCACAGUGCUGCAGCCCCUACCGCUGCCCGCCUCGGUUACUUUGCUGACCCCGUCCCUCCACCGCCGCCCCCAGCUCUGCACGCCCUGGCCGGCACUGUCGCCGCUGCGUUCUCGUGUUUAAUGAUGCCCUCUUCUUGUGUGAAACAAAAGAAAAUAAUGCAUUGUGUUUUUUAAAAAGAGUAUCUUCUAUAUGUGUCCUAAGAGGAGAAGUUCCCGCAUAAGGGACACACUGCUGGAGAAGUUGUAGAACUGUCUAGAAUGAAUGGACACCUUCUCCCCAUUAUUAGGAUUCCAUGACCUUGUAUAUAACCCAGUGCAACAUGCACAAAUUGCUUGAGUAUGGGAAGGUAGACAUUUGGGUGUUUUACAAAAUCUGUUUUGGGUUGUUCCUGUUCUUUCCGGGAAUCACAGAGAUGUCUGUUGCUGGAAUAUUUCAAACUGAGGAUUAAUCUGUUGGCUUCACUCCAGUUCUUAC